GCCACAAGAAUGAGUACCCAAAAUCUCUCUGAAGAAGACCCAUUGUGCCACGUGUCCAUCUCUGAUCCUUGGCGAAAACAAUCAAAAUAUAGAAUAGCCACCAAUUCAUGAAGCCAAAGUAGACGUUGAAAGCGGAACGAACAGAAGAAACAGAAAGGAGCAGAGCAAGGAAAGGCCAUGGCUUCUCUAGCAACGUUUGCUGCCGUGCAACCAGCAGCCGCCAGCGUCAAGGGAUUGGGAGGCAGCUCCCUGUGUGGAACCAAGCUCCAAGUGAAGCCUUCUCGCCAGAGCUUCAGAACCAAAACCUCCAGGAGUGGUGGUGUGGUGGCAAAGUAUGGUGACAAGAGUGUGUAUUUUGAUUUGGAGGAUUUGGGGAACACCACUGGACAGUGGGAUUUGUAUGGCUCUGACGCUCCUUCUCCUUACAAUCCUCUUCAGAGCAAGUUCUUCGAGACGUUCGCUGCUCCAUUCACCAAGAGAGGAUUGUUGCUCAAGUUCUUGAUACUGGGAGGUGGUUCCACCAUUGCUUACUUGGGUUCUACAGUUUCUGGCGAUAUUCUGCCUAUAGUUAAGGGCCCUCAGCUUCCACCAAAGCUUGGUCCUCGCGGCAAAAUCUAACUUCAUUGUAUGUAUCUAUCCAUCUAUGUGUGUGUAUCCUCUUUAGGUGAAUUGUGCAAGUUUGUCCAAAAAAUAUGCUUUCAAUGUCAAUUACAAUCUCAAAUACAUUCGUUCCAGAUGUGAUCGCAGCCUGUUCUUCCAUUCCAUUCUGAUAAGGGUUUGUAAGAUAAGCUGCAAAUGAGCAAGUAUAAUUACAAACCGCGAAUCAGAAAAAAGAGAUGAACAAACUUAACAUACUAACUGAAUGUUGAUCUCUAGUAACAAGCGAAAAGAAUGGCAGUAGAGCAUAGGUUUUAAACUCUUACAUUUCAUACUCUACCUAUGUACAGAGCUCACAAAAAUGACAUAGUAGUAAACUAAAAAAUGACAG